AACUGGACGGAGAAACGCCGGAGGUGGACUUCCGGGAUGGGAAGGGCCUGGCCGAGGUGGAUUAGCUGUCGGGAGGGAGGAGGAGUCUGGUGGUGGCUGAGAGGGUGGUGGUGACUUGUGUGCCUGAAGUGAGGAACGCAGGAGGCAGAGCAGGUUUGGGGAACCAGCAGUGACAGCUGAGGCCAUGUGAGUAGGAUCCUGAAUGAGGCUUUAUCUCUGGCUGUUCGUCCCAUCGUCCACCGUGGCACCAGCUCCCUCGGCCAGCCGGGAUGGGCCAGGCGACCGGGAGAGCCAGAGCCAGAGAGGCCAUGGGGACCACAGCCUGCACUGCAAGAGGAACAGGACUCUGGGCCUGUAGCUGCCAAGCAGGUCGUGGGGGCACCAGGCCAUGAACUGCACCCUCUGACCCCUGACUCUGCCCUCUGCCCUGACCGCUGCCUGAGCACGCCAUGUCUGAACAGGGGACCCAAACCCGGGGGGCCCAGGGGCUGCCCCCGGAUGUGCUGGCGGAGCAGGUGGAGCUGUGGUGGUCCCAGCAGCCGCGACGCUCGGCGCUCUGCUUUGCCGUGGCCGUGUGCCUUGUGGCGGGCUGUGGGGCAGGUGGCGUGGUCCUGCUGUCGUCCACUAGCAGCCGCUCAGGCGAGUGGCGCCUGGCGACUGGCACCGUGCUCUGCCUGCUGGCCCUGCUGGUUCUGGUCAAGCAGCUGAUGAGCUCGGCCGUGCAGGACAUGAACUGCAUACGCCAGGCCCACCAUGUGGCCCUGCUGCGCAGUGGCGGAGGGGCUGAUGCCCUCGUGGUGCUGCUCAGCGGCCUCGUGCUGCUGGUCACCGGCCUGACCCUGGCGGGGCUGGCCGCCGCCCCUGCCCCUGCUCGGCCCCUGGCCGCCAUGCUGUCGGUGGGCAUCGCUCUGGCUGCCCUGGGCUCCUUCUUGCUGCUGGGCUUGCUGCUGUAUCAGGUGGGCGUGAGUGGACACUGCGCCUCCCUCUGCACAGCCGCCCCCUCCACCCACGGGGGCCACGGGGGCAGUGGCAGCAUCUUCAGCAUCUCAGGACAGUUGUCGGCUGGCCAGCGUCAUGAGACCACAUCCAGCAUCGCCAACCUCAUCUGACAGAGCCAGAGCCCUUCCCCCCACCUGCCUCAGUGACCCCAGAAUCGUGCCGGGGUGUGUGCGUGUGUGGUGCAUAGGUGCAUACGCGUGUGGCUAGCGUGUGCCCAGGGCUGUGGCAGCCCUCAGAGGGAUUGUGUGAUGUGUGACCAAGAGCCCGUGUGCUCCCACACACCCACACCCCAGGAAGGUUAGUGUGUGCCUCCUUGGAGUGGAGUAUUUGUGUCCAUGGAACGGCCUGUGUCUGGGGUCGCUGACCAUUCUUGACCCCCAUUUCCAGCACCCCUCAAACCCCGUCCUGCAGCACCCACCAGGGAUUUCCACAGGGGUGACUAUCACCCACCCCAGAGACGGCACUAGGGACCGAGAGUAACUGGUGGCAGAGUGGGAGGAACAGGGCUCUGGAACAGGACAGACCUAGCGUGGCCUCCCCCCGGAGCACUCAGCAGCUAGGGGACUGGGGCAGGUGACUUAGCCUCUCUAGCCGCAGUUGCUUGCGGUCGUGGUCAUGGGGAUGAAACGUCAUGUGUAUGAAAGGACUGGGCUCAUGGCAGAUGUGCAAUAAAAUGGUGGCUGCUGCUGUCUUGUAGUCACCUCACCAUCUCACCCCAGGGACCCCCUCUCCCUCCCCCACGUCCCCCCUGUCCAAAAUGAGCUCUCCGCUCCUGUCUCAGCCUUAUCAACAGUGCCACAAACGUCCCCUCAGCCAGGCCAGGCCAGGAGGGGAGGGGGUUGAGUGGAUGCUGAGCUUUGGGAAGGUGGUGGGUUUGCUGUCCCAGGGAGAGGGUGCGGGGACCUGAGUCCCUCGUGUCUGCUCCCUCGAGGGUUCAGGACGAGGUCUUUGGUACGGGGCAGUCCGGAGCUGGUCUCUCUGAAGACUGCUCCUCCCUCACACUGCGUCCCUUCAGCUGAUUCCUGCAGCUCCCACCCCACCCCUGGAACCAGAGCGUCCUGUGUCUGUGCAGUCGCCACACCUGCUGGCCCACUUCUGGGCUCCUGGGCCAGUGAGAGUCACAUCCUGCUUGGAGUCAGCCAUGGAAGGGAGCUCCCUUCUGUGGUGUGCAGUUACAUUUCCUGGGUGCAACAAUAAAGCUCCACUGGACGCGG